AUGCAUAACAAAAUAGAAGAAUUAAAUUUUAUGGUAGCUGGCUUAGUGGGUCAAGAAAUCGAACAUACUUUUCAAAAAGGUGACAAAAAACUAGGUCAAAAAUCUUUUGCUUUAGAUGGGGCAGAAGUAACGGCUAAGACCGGAGAAAAAAUAAAAGUUAAUGAUGUUGAACUUUUAAUCGCCCAAAGAAAAGCCCUAGCAAGUGAUUUAGUAACCAAAAAAAAAGACUUAGCGAGUAAAGAGGGCUAUACCGAAACUUACGCUAAUUUAGCCCUGCAACAUGAUCAAUUAGAAGCAAUUAGUGAUUAUAAUGCUCAAAAGUUUACUCCCACUUCUCCCAGCGGAGCAACUCCGCAAGAUUAUAAAACUAACCUUUAUGAAGUAAAUCUUUAUACUGGUGGUGGUCAUAAGCAAAAGUCAAUCAAAAUAACUGAACAAGAACUAAUUAAGCUGAUUACACGAACCUUAGCGGAAAUAAAAAAGAUUGACAAAGAUGAAUUUGCCAACCUAACUAAUACUCCGCCCACUGGCCUGCCUGCUUUGACUUUUACCGCGACUAGUGCUAAUGCCGGGGCAAUCCAAGGUCAAUUAAAAAUCCUGCAAGACCACGCCCAAAACUUGGUAGAAUUUACUGAUGCCGAAACAGGUCGCAAGGAAUACAGUUUUGGUCAUGGUUUUGUCAAAGAAGAUGAAACGGGAAUGAUCGAUACUCUUUUUAAUAAAACCAAACAUGAUGAUGUCAAAGCAAAAGUUUUGAAGGAAAUUCCCGAGCAAACCGAAUUAGUCUUUAUCCCGGCUCAAGAUGAACCUUAUACGGCAGGCCGCAAAGAAAAAAUAAUUAGCAGUUUUGACACUGAUAUUUACACUACCUUUUAUAAUGAUUAUCGCCAAGUAAUUGAAGAAAACAAUUUUGGUAGUUUUGCUAAUGGCGGUCACAACUAUACUUUAUUAGACUUCCCGAAAUACUUUCACAAACAACAAGCUUUACUAUAUAAGUUAAAAGCAUUGAUGAAAAGUGAACUAAAAAGAGUCGGUACUGGUGGUGAUGAAUUAAGACAAGCCGAAGAAGAAGUUGCGGCUACUAAAAAAGCACUCCAAGCUAAAGAAACCGAAAUCGACACUAAGAUUACUGCUCGAAUAAAUGAACUAAGAGCCGAAUUAAAAGAUAAAUGA